AUGGGGGAUAAUCCACUUCCACGGGAGGCCACGGUUAAUAUUGCCGAUGAUAAAAAUAAAGGCAUACGGGACUACGCAACUCCCGAAUUCGGUCAGUUGGCAGAGGGAAUAGGUAGGCCCAAAAUGACAGCAACAACAUUUGAACCAAAACCGGUAAUGUUCCAAAUGAUUUUCGCAAUGGGUCAGUUUGGGGGAUUAUCGUCGGAAGAUCCGCACUCUCAUUUAAAAUCUUUUAUAGAAAUGAUGGAUCAUUUUAAAAUACCCGGAGUCACACAAGAAGCCUUACUCUUGAUGUUUUUCCUUUAUACAUUGAAUGAUAGAGCUAGAGCAUGGCUAAAUUCUCAACCACCAAACUCGAUCCUAACUUGGAAUGAUUUGGCGGAAAAUUUUCUGAAAAAAUACUUCCCUCCGACGAGGAAUGUAAAAAUUAGAAAUGAUAUUAUGACAAUUCGCCAAGAAGAAGAUGAAGCGGUUUCGGAUGCAUGGGAGAGAUUUAAGGACCUUCUACGGAAAUGUCCUCACCACGGAGUCCCUCAUUGCAUUCAAUUGGAGACAUUUUAUAAUGGUCUCUCCAAUUCCGCUAAAACUAUUCUUAACGCAACGGCCGGUGGAGCGUUCACAGCUAAGACUUACAAUGAAGGACACGACAUUUUGGAACGAAUUUCUAAUAAUAAUACUGAAUGGUCAAAUCCUCGUGCUGUUGUUUCUAAAUCUGCUUUAGGCAUCCAUGAAAUUGAUAUCAUUUCUGCUUUAAAUGCUCAAAUUGUAGCUUUAACUAAUUUGAUUAAAAAUAAUUUACGUUUGAAUGGAGAGAUUAAUCAAGUUCAAUCCAUGAUGUCCAACCCACCUAUGACUGAAUCUUGUGUCUUUUGUGGUGAGAGCCAUUCUUAUGAAUAUUGCUACGGAAAUCCCGUCUCGAUGAAUUAUGUUGGGAGUCAUGUUAGAAAUAGCCCAUUUUCUCCCGCAUACAAUUCAAAUUGGAGGAAUCACCCCAAUUUUUCUUGGAUCGGAAAUUCUGGACUUCAACCCCCCGGGGUUACUCAAGUCCAAAAUCGGCCACAAAAUCCCUCGGGAUAUGGGCAAGGUUUUAUAAACCAAACCAAUGCAACGUUAAAGAGAUUCGAAACCCAACUCGGCCAAUUUGCCGCCGAUCUCAAGGAUAGAUCUUUAGGAACUUUGCCUAGUGACACGGAAACCCCUAAGGGUAAAGAACAUAUCAAAGUCGUGACCGUGUUGAGUGAGGAGAGUUCAAAAGUCAAUAAUGACACAAGUGAAACCGUCGAAAAAUCGACACAUCAAAACAAGGUUUCACAUGCUUUUGAUAUGCCAAAUUUUCCAAUUUUGAGUCCUCCCAAUGAAGAAACUCAAAAAUCUGUUUCUGUCCAGAAAACAGUCCCUGCUUCAACUUCCAGCAAUGUGCAGCUCUCUGAUAGAACUUCCAAACCAAACAGAUCCAUUCAAUCAGCUCCAGAUUUGAAGAACUUACCUUUUCCAGAAAGAAUGAAAAACAAAAAUGUAUAG